AUGCACCGUCUGCGGGUGCGCGAGCUGCGCGGUCCCGUUUCGCGACGGCUGUUUUCAACGACGCAGAGACGCAGCGAUGUUGUCGAGCUCGCUUUCCACCGACACGACGCACCGGACACGAGCGUCAAGGGCCCGCCCAUUGUCCUCAUGCACGGUCUUUUCGGAUCGCAGCGCAACAAUCGCACGAUGAGAGUACAGCCGUCACUGACACGACCGUCCGCGUCUUCCUCUUUUGGUCACGUCUACAGACUCCUAGCCAAAGACCUCUCUCGUCCAGUUUACUUAGUCGACCUCCGCAACCACGGAGACUCCCCUCACUCGUCGAUCCACGACUACACGUCGAUGGCGGUCGACGUGGAGCACUUCCUGUCGACGCACUCGAUAUCCCGGCCGACGCUGAUCGGGCACUCGAUGGGCGCCAAGGUGGCCAUGACGCUCGCGCUGCGCCGGCCGUCGGCGUACUCGGCCCUGAUCCCCGUCGACAACGCGCCCGUCGACGCAGCCCUCAAGUCCGACUUCCACACCUACGUGCAGGCGAUGCGCGAGAUCGAGGCGCACCGCCCUCCCGUCACGAAGCAGUCGGAAGCUGACAAGAUCCUCGCCAAGCACGAGCCGGACGUCGCGAUCCGGCAGUUCCUGCUGACGAACCUCGUCAAGAAGGCCGCGGGAGGUGGCGGGGCGGACCGUCACCACGACCACAGGCACGCUCAAAAGACGGAGCUCAGGUUCAGGAUACCGCUGCACACCCUCGCCAAGGCGCUGCCGGCCAUGGCGGACUUCCCGUUCAAGGACCCCGACGAGGCGCGGUACGAGGGCCCGACCUUGGUCGUGCGCGGCACCCAGAGCCACUACGUCGCCGACGACACCUUGCCGGUUAUAGGCAGGUUCUUCCCCAAGUUCGAGCUCCUGGACUUUGACUGCGGUCAUUGGGUCAUGAGCGAGAAGUUUGAAGGGUUCAGAGCCGGCGUGGUCGAGUGGAUCACCCGCGUCGUCGAUGAGAGCUGA